AGCCAGCACAACACACCAAUAGUAUAACUCCAGUGCCUUUAACAAAUUUUGACUGACAAACAAGUGAUGAAGCUCCUUUGCCUUUGCCUUCUUUUUGCCACUGCUUUUGCACAAAUUCAGCAGAGAUGCAAGACUACACCUUCAUUGUGGACUGCUUUGAUGAGAGAGAUUAACUACGAUGCAAGGGGAUCAGAGGCUGCUUUCCGUUUUGCUAGAAUAAAUUACGAUGCUACAGGUCAGCGUAUUAAAAUAACAGAGUACGAAGAGCUGGAGAGCGGUCGUGAAGAAGUUGUUUAUGAGCUUUUCCUAUUUCAAGAGGGUAAGUACUAUCGUGCUGAAAGAGGAGGACAGUGUGCUGUCAAUGAGCUCACUACACCGUUUCGCCCAUUUGGGAUUGUGCCUCAAGCAAGGUUCAUGGGUACAGAGUAUCUUGGUGCUAUUUCUGGGACUUAUGGACUAUUGGUUGAUCACUUCCAUUACACAGUUGACAGGCUUGGAGGAGGAUCCUAUUGGGGUAGCUUUGCACCAUCUUUAAGCAAUCCAUCUGACUGUUAUCCAGUCUUGCAGUCUUAUGUUAAUGAAGAUGGACCUUUUCCUACUCAUGUUAAUGCUCAUUUCACAUUCCUUAAUAUUACAGCUACUUUGCCAGAUAAUCCAUUUUCACCACCUGCUGAGUGUUAACUUGAAGCAUGUCAGGAGAACUUUUGACUUUAAACUUUUCUUAUAAGUUGUUUUUCCCUUACAUAAUAGUUGUUGUUGUUUUUCAUGCUGUGCAGCUGGCUUGUUAUCAAAACAAGGCUGUCCCUUGUUGCUUAUCUCAGAUAAUAUUUUGCUGAAGAGAAAA